UUUAACCGUUUCCCUGCGAAGGGGAAGCAUCCCGUUCAUGUCGGACGCUGCCGCCGCAGUUGGCCGCCUCCUCACCGGCGUCCUGCGCCCUAACAACCACCUCCCACCGCUCACGGUCAAGCUCCUCCACGCCCGCCUCCUCCGCCUCCACCUCCUCACCGACCUCUCCCCGCUCCUCCUCCGCGCUCUCUCUUCCACCGGCCUGCACCUCCACGCCCUCCGCGUCCACUCCCUCCUUCCCAACCCAUCCCACCUCACCUUCCCCUUCGCGCUCAAGGCCGCCUCCCGCCUCCCCGACCCGCUCUCCGCCGGCCUACAACUCCAUGGCCGCUCCCUCAAGCUCCCCUACCACUCCAACCCCCACGUCCUCACCUCGCUCCUCAGCCUGUACGCAAGAUGCGGCCUUUUGCACGACGCCCAGAAAGCGUUCGACGAAAUGUCCCACCCCAGCACCGUUUCGUGGACCGCGCUCAUCACCGCGUACAUGGACGCGGGGCGCGUCCAGGAAGCCGUUGGAGUUGCACGGAAGGCGUUUGCCAGUGGCAUGCGUCCUGACAGCUUCACAGCCGUCCGUGUCCUGACUGCGUGCGCUCGCGUCACCGAUUUGGUCACCGGGGAGGCAGUGUGGAGGGUGGUGGAGCAGGAGGGGAUCGCAGGGAAUGUGUUCGUGGCAACUGCGGCAUUGGACUUGUAUGUCAAAUGCGGGGAGAUGCAGAAGGCAAGGGUGGUGUUUGAUAAGAUGCAGAACAAGGAUGCAGUAGCCUGGGGUGCUAUGGUUGGUGGAUACGCAUCCAAUGGGCAUCCGCGGGAGGCUCUGGAAUUGUUCUUUGCAAUGCAGGCAGAGGGAAUGACGCCAGAAUGUUACACAGUGGCCGGGGCACUCUCAGCAUGUACAAGGUUAGGUGCUUUGGAUUUGGGACGGCGAGCAGCCAGAAUGGUGCACUGGGAUGAGGUUCUUGACAACCCAGUCCUGGGGACUGCACUGAUCGAUAUGUAUGCCAAGUGUGGGAGCACAGGUGAGGCGUGGAUGGUGUUCCAGCAGAUGAGGAAGAGGGACAUCAUUGUUUGGAAUGCAAUGAUCUUGGGGCUCGGCAUGACUGGCCAUGAGAAGAUUGCGUUUGCACUCGUUGGUCAGAUGGAGAAGUCAGGUAUGACACCGAAUGAUAAUACCUUCAUUGGAUUGCUCUGCAGCUGUACGCAUACUGGCCUUGUAAAGGAUGGGCGGCGGUAUUUUCAUAACAUGACUCAGUCAUACCGUAUAAGCCCAAGGAUUGAGCACUAUGGUUGUAUGGUCGACCUGCUCAGUCGUGCGGGGUUGCUGGAGGAGGCUCAUCAGCUGAUCGAGGACAUGCCAAUGCAGGCAAAUGCAGUUAUAUGGGGGGCACUCCUUGGUGGUUGCAAGAUCCACCGUGAUGCUGGCCUUGCUGAACAUGCAUUGAAGCAGCUCAUCCUGCUGGAGCCAUGGAAUUCCGGAAACUAUGUCAUGCUCUCUAACAUAUACUCUAACAGUGGAAGAUGGGAAGAUGCGGCAAAGCUCAGGUUGGAAAUGAGCAAGGGGGUUGAGAAGGUCCCUGCAUCUAGCUGGGUUGAACUUGAUGGUAAGGUCCACGAGUUCCAUGUCGGAGAUAACUCACAUCCCCUCUCAAAUAAAAUUUAUGAAAAGCUCGAUGAAUUGGGCAUGGAAAUGAAGAUCAUGGGUUAUAAACCGACUACUGAGGUGGUGAUGUUUGACAUUGAAGAUGAAGAGAAGGAGAACACUCUAGUGCAUCAUAGUGAGAAGAUUGCCAUUGCAUUUAGCCUUGUCACCACUGAACCAGGCGAGAGCAUAAGGGUGACCAAAAACCUCCGAGUUUGCAGUGACUGCCACUCCGCCAUCAAGCUCAUAUCUAGGAUAACCAAUCGUGAAAUUAUUGUUCGAGAUAACAAUCGAUUUCAUUGCUUUAGAGAUGGCCAUUGUUCUUGCAAUGACUAUUGGUAGUAAAUACAGCUUGUUGCAAUUUUGAGCAGCAUGAGAGUAGGGAGCAUCUCUAUUUUCAUUUGAUGUAAACCCGUAGCCAGCUAGAGUUGUGAUUGAAGCAUAGCAGUGGCAGAGUAUAAGGCAGGUUGAUUAUAGUUCAUUUUCCAUUCAAUUGUUUCUGCUGAAAGGAAGGAAUACGUUCUGUUUA